UAGAAAUAUCUGUAUAACAUGUUUUGUUGUGUUUAAUCCCAAAGUGUGACAUUUAACACGGUUUAAAACAAAUUAAACAGUGAUACAAUAUUUUGUAUAAGUUGGUAGAUAGCUAAAAUCUCUAUAAUUUUGUACGUUUGCAAUAUAACCUACAAAUCAUAUGUACAAGUUUUAUUUCACUUAUUUAAUAUAAAAAAUGCGAUACGCACAGUUAGUUGUUGGUCCCGCUGGUAGUGGAAAGUCCACAUACUGCUCAACGAUAGUGAAGCAUGCUUCGGACUCGAAGCGGAUAGUGGAGGUGGUGAACCUGGACCCGGCGGCGGAGCACUUCGACUACGAGCCGCUCGUGGACAUCCGGGAGCUCAUACACCUGGACGAUGCCAUGGAGGACGAGGAGUUGCAGUUCGGGCCUAAUGGCGGGCUCGUUUUCUGUGUAGAAACUCUUCUAGAAAACUGUGAUUGGCUUGAAGAGCAGCUUGGAGACGUAGACGACGACUACAUCCUUUUCGACUGCCCCGGCCAGAUAGAGCUGUACACACACCUGACGGUGAUGAGGCGGCUGGUGGACCAGCUGCAGCGGUGGAACUUCAGGAUCUGUGUCGUGUUCAUGGUGGACUCACAAUUUAUGGUAGAUGGAGCCAAGUUCCUAUCAGGUACAAUGGCGGCCCUCAGCGUGAUGGUGAACCUGGAGUUGCCACACGUCAACAUCCUCUCAAAGAUGGACCUACUCAGCAAAUCGGCCAGGAGUCAACUUGACAGCUACCUAGACCCAGACCCGCACAUCCUUCUAGCUGACAUGCGCCACUCAAAAUCCAAAUGGCACUCAAAAUACGCCAAGCUGACAGAGGCGAUCGGCGAAGUCAUAGAGAAUUUCAGCCUCGUCCGGUUUUACCCGUUGGAUAUAAAGAAAGAGGAGAGCAUAGACGACAUCUUGCUGACCAUAGAUAAUAUUAUACAGUAUGGAGAGGAUGCCGAUGUGAAGAUUAGAGAUUUUGAUGAACCAGAUCCAGAUGAUGAUGAAUGAAUUAGUAGUAGGGUUUGUUUAUAAUAAAAUGUGAUAUG